AGCAGCCACCCUCCUUUUUUCAGCCAUCGUCAGGCUCGGGGCCGUUGCUGCUCUCCCUGCCUGCAAAUUGUGGUGGGUUUCCUGGCUUCUUGGCUUGGAGGAUUAUUUAGGGGAAAAUAUAAGAGCUCUGGGGCCAUGCAGAUUCCUGUCCUGGGAACCAACAGGCAUGGAAGCAGGAGGUUUCAGCUCUUCAGUCAGUCUGUUUGAAGCCAGGAGGAGCAGCCUGGCAGCAUCCCUGGCAGCAAACCGCAGUAGCCGUUCAGCAGAUACGUUGGGUUUGCGUGGCUUGGCUGCAUUGCGGCACCCGUGCGGCCUACCCAUGAGCUCGGACUUCCAGCAUUACAGUUUCAGGAUGCCGAACAUCGGGUUCCAGAACCUGCCUCUCAACAUAUACAUCGUGGUUUUCGGCACGGCCAUCUUCGUCUUCAUCCUCAGUUUGCUCUUCUGUUGCUACUUGAUCAGGCUCAGACAUCAAGCACACAAAGAGCUUUACGCCUACAAACAGGUUAUACUCAAGGAAAAGGUGAAGGAGCUGAACCUACAUGAGAUCUGCGCCGUUUGCCUGGAGGAGUUCAAACCCAAGGACGAGCUGGGGAUCUGUCCCUGCAAACAUGCCUUCCACAGAAAGUGCCUCAUCAAGUGGCUGGAGGUGCGGAAAGUGUGCCCGCUCUGCAACAUGCCAGUGCUGCAGCUGGCCCAGCUGCACAGCAAGCAGGACCCCGGCCCCCCCCAGGGCCCCCUCCCCGGCGCGGAGAACAUCGUAUAGCUCCGCUGCCCCAGGGACUGCCCUGCCACCAGCCCCGGGGGACUUGGAGACAACCAAAGCACUAUGGCACCAGCACGGAGGGACAGGCGAGGACGCAGGUGGCCGGGUGGGGAGCCCGGAGCACUUUAUGGGGGGGCACGUCCCUACCAGCUGAAGCAGAAGAGCCCCACACCCCAAAAACCUGCCUCCACGGAGCCAUACCAGGAUGAAGGGUCUCGCAAUUGAGCCCAGGCUCCACUGCCCUCCUGGGGUGUGAAGGGGGACUUGGGGUCCUCCGUGGGCACCUGUAUGAUAUUCUUCUUCCAGCACGUCCCUUUGCCAGCGCGACAUCCACCGGGAAGCGGCGUGGGCCAUCACAGAGCAGCACUGAUCCACCCAGGGUGCCCGAUAGCCUCCCACAACGCCACGACAUGCCCUCCGAACGCCCCAGUAUGCUCCCCAGCCCUGCUGCCCCCGUGCCACGCCGACACCGUCAAAAACGAUGCCCAGCCCGCAUGGGGGGACUCUGGAGCGUCACGGCUGGUUCCUGCCUCGUUCUCCUCUUUGCCGUUCUUUUGAUGGGGUUACCUCUGCCUUUGCAAUCCCUACCUAAAAAAUUGGAUCUCGGCACCAUGGGUGCAGCCAUGCUGGGGUUCGUGCGGCCGUCCGUCGGGAGCCUCCUCGGCACCCGCUGCUCCUCUGAAAGGGCUAACCAGGACGGGGAAGCCGGUGUCGCCCCUGGGAGAUGGCAGGGUGGCAGUAGUGUGGGGUCCCGUGGGCUUUGGUUACCCCACCCACCCUCCCCCAGGGCGGUGUCCCCCACCUCGGUGUAAUGGGCUACCUCAGCGGGGCCGUGAGUCCCUCCGGCGGGCACGAUCCUGGCGCUGAGCCAUCACCGGUGAGAGCCAGCACCCGCCACCACCUCCUCGAAACCGCGGCACGGCCUUGCUGGGGAAGGGGGGCAGGCAAAACUCCUGUCCUUGGGGUUCACCCCAUCGCUGUCAGCCCGGCCCGGGGGAGGCUCUGGGUGACGGACGCGUGAGCUGCGCCAUUUUGCCUUGCCAAAACACCCCGAACCCAACCGGCAUCGAGCGCAAAAGCUGCUGGGGGGGGGGGGGGGGGGGGGAGCUGUGCUAUUCCCUCGCCUCUGACCGCCCCGUGGGGCCAGUUUGGGCACCGUAGCAAACGCCCCGGCGUCCCUCUCUGCCUUUGCCAACUCUUCUUCCCUUUUUCCUGGAGCCGGGGGUACGUCAGUAUUACAUGGCAGCAGCUUUCCCAGCCCCCUCGGGCACAGGAUGGGGCUGGGAAGGCUCCGGGUGUCGUCCCCCCUCCUGUAAAUACCGUGCGACUCCCGAGACUGUUUAUGGAGCGAGGAGCCUCAUAGACGUGUUUGUACACUACGAAUUCUGCAGCAGAAUAUUUUUUAAAACGUUUGCUGGUUGUUUUUUUUUGGGGUUUUUUUUUUUUUUUUGUAAGCUAUAUUUUUGUAUAUUUAAUUGCUAUUUUAAAAUUCUAAUGCAUCUUUUUUGCUAAUCACACUAUUCUUAAGGAAAAAUGAGGAAAGGAAAAAAAACCAGUUUGCAUGUGAUUUGACUUGAAAUGUAAAUAAAAGCAGGUUUUGGA